AUGUUUCGUGAUUUUUCAAUUGAGGAUGAUGGACAAUUUAAUGCAAAGUUAGCCAUCAUUGGGCCAUUGGACCAUUGGGGUCAUCAAAAUCACGUGUUUUGUUCUGAGUUUCUGACUGUUAUAAAUACUUCUGACCACAUCGCUUGCAAACUUGACGCAUCACACAACCACCUGUAUACACUCCACACAUGCGUUCGCCUUCUGCAGGCUUCAGCUAGAGCUUAG